AGAAGCUUUCAAAGUCAAUGUUGUCAAAAUUUAUCACUGGAAAAUGUAUAAAAUAAAAUACUAAACUACAACUGAUCGUUAUUGUAUCGAUCUGAGAGGAAAGCCUUGAUUAUUCCUCUUGAUUUCACAAUGUUGGUUCCAAUUUUCACGCUAAAACUUGGCCACAAAAUUCAUCCAAGAACUACAGCUGUUGGUAAAUACGAUGGCAUUCAUCCAUGUUUGACGGGCGCUACAACUGCAGGAAAGGUUUUUAUCCACAACCCUCAUACGGGCAGCAAGAUGGGWGGAAGRGCAACAGUGAGCAAUGAUAAUGACAUCAGUUUACUGAACAUCAAUCAACAAGUUUCAGCCAUUGCUGUUGGGAGCCUGACUUCAACAAGCUGUGAUACACUGCUAGUUGGAACACCAACUAAUCUACUGGCCUAUGAUGUUGAAAAUAAUUCUGACUUAUUUUAUAGAGAUGUAGCAGAUGGUGUCAAUUCUAUCAUYGUUGGUCAACUUGGUGAAUAUGACAACCCAUUAGCGUUUGUUGGUGGAAACUGUUCCAUACAAGGCUUUGAUAUGGACGGCAAUGAUGAAUUCUGGACGGUGACAGGUGAUAAUGUUUGUUCAUUGGCUUUGUGUGACUUUAAUGGUGAUGGACAAACUGAGCUUCUUGUUGGUUCUGAGGAUUUUGAUAUCAGAAUAUUUAAAGAAGAUGAAAUGAUYGCUGAAAUGACAGAAACAGAGGCUGUUACUUCACUAUGUGCACUCAAAGGAACUUUUGACUUAGAUUCUGAUGGUGUACCAGAGUUGAUUACAGGCUGGUCAAAYGGCAAAAUUGAUGCAAGAAGUGACAAAACAGGAGAAGUCGUCUUCAAGGAUAACUUUAGCAAUGCUAUUGCUGGAAUUGUAGAGGGAGAUUACAGAAUGGAUGGGAAAUUAGAGUUAAUAUGCUGCUCUGUUGAGGGAGAAGUGAGAGGUUACCUACCAGCUUCACAAGAAUUGAAGGGCAAUCUUAUGGAUACUAACAUUGAGCAAGAUGCAUUAAGAGACUUAGCACAAAGAAAACAAAACCUUUUGCUUGAAUUGAAAAAUUAUGAAGAAAAUGCCAGGGUUGGAAAAUCAGGCUCUGAUGUCGACCAAUCACAAAUGGGAGUCAUUCCUGCCAACACUCAACUCCAGACCUCCUUGUUAGUCAACCCAGGCAGUGAACAAGUGCAACCGCAUGUUGAACUCUCAAUAUCCACAACAAACGACACCAUUAUAAGAACAGUUAUGAUAUUUGCUGAGGGAGUGUUUGAAGGAGAGUGUCAUGUUGUUCACCCAUUUCUACAACAAACAAAGCCGUCACUUCAUGUUCCUAUCUAUCCACCAAAAGAUGUUCCUGUAGACUUACAUAUAAAGGCUUUUGUGGGAUAUAAAUCAAGUUCUCAGUAUCAUGUAUUUGAGCUUACAAGACAACUACCAAGGUUCACACUAUACAUCCCAUGUCCAGAAGGCUAUGCCGAGCCUCAGUCAUCAGUAUCAUUUCAUAUCAGUGAAAGAGUUAACAGAGUUUUAAUGUGGGUCAAUCAAAACUUUUUACUAACUGAGGAAAUCCAAUCAAAAGAUAACAACCUUGAUGUCAUGUUCUUGUCGCUACGCACUGGGAACCCUGUGGUAAUGCGYAUGAAUCAAAGUGGAGAUGUUCACAUAAAAACUGACGAUAUGGAUUUUGCUGGGGAUAUCAUACAGGCCCUUGCUGGUUUCCUGGGGUUAGAGGACCUUCACACAACAGCCGACUUCCCAGCGCACAUGGAGGAACUGAGGGCUAUUUUAGUUAAAGUGGAUGAACUUCAUGCAGUAAGACAAAAACUAACAGCAGAAAUGGCAGACCAUUCUAAUCUCAUCCGUAGUUUAGUCGUGAGAGCCGAGGAUGCGAGACUGAUGGCCGAUAUGAAAAAYAUGCGCAAAGGCUACAUGGAGUUGUUUGAUUUAAACCGCGAUUUAAUCAACGGUUACCAGAUACGCUGCAACAACCACACUGAAUUGCUGGGCUGCCUAAAGRUCGUCAACCAGGCCAUACAGAAGGCGGGAAAACUCAGAGUGGGUAAAGCCAAGUCUGAGGUGGUGUCCGCGUGCAGACAAGCCAUUAAAACAAACAACGUAAACGGAUUGUUCAAAAUUAUCAAGGCUGGAACACUGUAGGAUAUUUAACUAUCUAAAGUAUUGUACAGGAAUAUAAUUAGAGGCGACUUUUCUUUUUGAUAAAUGUUUAGUAAGAACGAACUCAAAACCAUUUCAGUGCCGGAAACCAUUUAAAUGCGCUUUUCUGCAUUGAAACGCAUCAACGGCGGWGAAGCCAUUCAGUUGGCAAAGAAACCAUUUCAGUGCUGCCGGGAAACCAUUCAARUGACCCCUUCUCUUCAAGCAUGCCGCAAAGCACGACAUAUAAAAACAAAAACAUCGAAUAAUAAAUAAAAAAAGCUUACGCGUCACAAUGUACAGAACUGUACAGAAAGAUCGCUUGUAAAUAUGAGAAUGCAGUAUUUAAUAAUAAGUUAAAUUCGCAUGAAAAUAUUGAUGUAUAAUUGUUAAAUUAUGUCAAAAUAACAAUAAAAACAAACAAACAAACAAGAGUGAUGA